CAGCGGCGCGCGGCAAGAGAGAUUCCCCGAUCCGAUCAGAAGAUCCAGCCAUGGCGUCCGGCUGCACCUUCCUCGAGAUCCUCAUCGCCAUCCUCCUCCCGCCGCUCGGCGUCUUCCUCCACUACGGCCUAUGCAGCAAGGAGUUCCUCAUCUGCGUGCUGCUCACCAUCCUCGGCUACAUCCCCGGCAUCAUCUACGCCGUCUACGUGCUCGUCUCACGCAGUGACGAGCCCCAGGGGGACUACUACGCCGUUGCUUGAUUAGCCCGCCCGCCGUAACAAUUCUGUAAAGACGGCCUUUGUUUUGUGAUGAACCCGCCAUGUCAAACUGGCGUCUUCUUGUAUUUCCUUCAUCUGUAAUUUCCGGCAUGGCUCUGCACUUUACAAACUAGCCACCUGCGUGGUGCUGCAUCCAUCUUGCUCGUCUCCACUGCGCAUUUCUGCAGCCUGUGUGAAUGUUUGAACCGUGGUAUGGUUUUGUUUCUCUGUUCUGUAAUUCUGAUACACCUGAAUAAAUUUGAGCUGUUGAGCGUGUUUUA